AUGCCUCAGCCACCGUAUUCACCAGACUUGGCCCCCUGCGACUUUUUCCUCUUCCCAAAAUUGAAAAGGCUCAUGAAAGGACGAAGAUUUGCGAUGAUUGAGGAGAUUAAGGCUGCAUCGCUGGAGGAGCUCAAGGCAAUACCCAAAAUCGAUUACAUCGAGCCGCGGCGGUUUUUGGAAGACGCGAGAGAAAUAGUGCUCGAACGUGUGCGAGACGCCGUAGAAAGACACGGUAGUGCAAAAGUAAACACUGCGUUCAAUGGCGAGUUUGCGACGAAGGAUAAACGUGCUAAUAAGAGCAUAAUUUCAAAGAACAGCGAGAUAUACAGAUACACCGAUUUGCGCGAGUGGUACGAGCAGCAUAUCAUCGAACCCACGCUGACAUCACUCGAAGAGUUCCAGGAACGCGACAGCGGGUGGGCAUUGUCGCGAAUCCUCAAUUUGAUAGUGAAUGUGAACAAACUAAGAUGUUACUUCGAGGUGCCGCGGGAAAUAGCGACGAAACGAGCGGUGAUCAACGUUAGUACGAUGGACAAUGCGUGCUUCGCGUGGUCGGUGGUCGCCGCUCUGUACCCGGCUGAAAGAAAUGUAAAUCGGGAGUCGUCGUAUCCGCAUUAUACAACGGUGCUGAAUCUCGCGGGUAUCGAAUUUCCGAUUACGUUCAAAGACAUUCCGAAAUUCGAACAGUUGAACGCGAUGUCGAUCAAUGUAUACGGCAUCGAGAAUAAACAAUUUCUUCCUCUGCAGCUCACCAGUGACAAGAAGGACAAGCAUGUCAAUCUCCUGUACAUGCAAGAUCCACGCGACGUCGGUGUCGCCCACUUUGCGUGGAUCAAGAACCUGUCACAUCUCGUGAGCUCGCAACUAAGCAAACAAGAGCACAAGAAAUAUUUCUGCGAUCGAUGCUUGCAUUACUUCGGCACGAAUGAGAAAUUGCAGUCGCACACAAUGGACUGUCAGAAGAUCAACGAUUGCGCAACUAUUCGGCUGCCGAGCGAGGACGAAAAGUGGCUCGAAUUUGGGAACCACUGCAACAAGGAGCGCGUCCCAUUCGUCGUCUACGCCGACCUGGAGUGCGUUUUACGGAAGACAGAACCCGACAGGGAAGGUGCGUCGUCGUACGCGUAUCAACGGCACGAGGUAUUCAGCAUAGGCUACUACGUGCGUUGCUCGUACGAUGACGCGUUAUCGUCGUAUCAGUUCCGUCGCGACAAAGAUUGUAUAGCGUGGUUCGCGCGACAACUCGACAAUUUGGCGCAUCGCGUGAAAAAUAUCGUAUCCGCCAACGUGCCCAUGGAAACAUUGUCGAAAGAACAAUGGGAGGCGUACCGUAGCGCGACGCGUUGUCACAAUUGCGAGAAACCGUUUGCGUCGGACGACACGCGGGUACGCGAUCAUUACCACUUAAUCGCACUAUCGGACGAUGAAUUUAAAUUACUGACUCGUAAAGGUGUCUUUCCGUACGUUGACUGUGCCGAAAAAUUGCAGGACACGCGCUUACCCCCUCGCGAAUCUUUUUACAGUUCGUUAACGGGCGAUACCGUAUCCGAGAGCGAUUACGCUCACGCGGCGAACGUAUGGUAG